CGGGGCAGAGUUUAAAAGUAAAAACGUUAACAUCGCCGGCAGCGGCGCCAGUUCUUAAUUUGAAUUUGACAGGGAAUAUUGUGCGAAUUAAAAAAAAGUUAAUGCUCUAUGGUGUGACAGAAAAGGCGGAAAUUAAGAAAAAGAAAAGCGUGUUCCAUUUUAGUGAUGUGGCUUUAAAAGCUUAGUUUUGUAGUUAAUUCGGAUUCCGUUUUCUUCAAACGCUAAGGAUUUUCUCUCUUCAAGAAAAAUGGCAGCCGUAGCACGAACCGUCCUGCUAUCAUCAAUACUCGCCCUCACCCUCCAGUCUACCUCUGCCAAUAGCAUGAAACAAAAGACAAACUCCAGACCAGUGAUCGAAAUCAUCAACGAGCAAGCUAGAGUCGACACAAGAGUCACCAAGCUACCUGGACUUUUACCUUAUGGGAAUCCCUUAUCAGGUCAAAAUGCGAGACUUCACGCGCAGAAUCAACAAGCCAUGUUCAACGCUGAAAGAGUGAGGCAACACAGGGCCCAAGUGCAAAGAUGGACGAAUGCACCAAUAAAAAUGGACAGCUACAUGAAAGCCUACCAUGACAGCCAGGAGAACCAUCAAAUAGCUUUAGAACAACAACAAGCCAAAGCCAAAGAUUUAACACCACCUGCUGGACCUAACAAAAGACUACCUAGACUGAAAGAACCUCUAACCUCUGUCAUGAGGGAUGAAGCAAGAGGACUCAAAGCCCCAGCUAUAACCAAACUUACUAAAGAGGAUGCAGUCAUUAACGAUAAACCUAGAAGCCACAGGUCUUUCGGAUCAGAUCAUCAGCAUUAUUUAGCUAACAAGAGAUUCCAGAGUGUCUACGUAUCGCCAGCCCCAGCGUACGACCAAGGAGUGACUAUCAAACCUAAUGGAAAUGUUGGUAUCAGUCAAUUCAACAGCCAAAUAAAAGCCCCAAGCAAACUGUACACCUCAGUGGUUCCAAGUGAUACGAAGUAUGUCUAUCCAAAGAUUCAUCAACAGAUGCAAGGAUACAAAUCCUCUCAAGACAUGGAUGCUUUAAGUUCUUUGCUAAAGAAAGCCCCUUCAGAUCAGCUAUCGCAAUUAUCAGCUCUAAUACAAUCGUCUAAGGAGCAGUCAGACGUACCAAUCGACCUCUACUUCUACACCAAAGACCAUAAUAAGAUCAAUCCAGUGCAAACUGUCAAUGAUUUCUAUGAUACCACAAAAUACAACGCUUUAAGCUACGCUGGAGCUUACAUACCUGAACACAAAGACCACACACCGAUCACUGAAGAGAUAGAUGACGUAGCUGAUCCCAAUCAACUGAACAAGCUGAAAACCUACGGACUUCAGAAGCAGCUUCAAGAAGCAAUGAACAAUAGACCAGAUAUGUUUCAUCCGGAGAAUCUAGAAACCACAACCAUGAAAAGCAACAACUACUACAAAGUCGAAGUUGCCAGUCAGACCAUAACAUCUGGCGUAACUGGAUACAAACCUCUCUUCAAUCAUGUCCACCCACAAUACUAUGCGAGUGAAGAUAUUACUCCAACGUACGAAACUUUGCAGUACCCUCACCCAACAGUUUACGCCCAGAAGGAACCCAAACAACAUGGCGAUCAAAGUGAGAUGUAUCUUCAUCAUAAUGCCCAACACAAGGGCGUCCAACAUCUAACAGGAGACGGUACUGGAGUCUCAGCUUACGGCGAUGAAAAUCUUCAUUACGCGGCAAACUACGAGUUUGGUUACCGAGUAAGAGACCACCACAGUGGCAACGAUUUCGGCCAUCACGAAGUCAAAGAAGGAGAGAAAACCAAUGGAGCCUACCAUGUAUUGUUACCUGAUGGAAGAAUGCAAAAAGUUCAGUAUUCAGCCGGCCCUGAAGGAUUUCACGCGGACAUUUCCUAUGACCACCUUCAGCAUUAAAAAGUUAAACAACGCCACCUAGUGGAGGGUAUGGAAAAAGUUUGCAAGUGUGAUAAACUUUUUGCUAAAAGUAGGUUAAGUAUUUAUCCUGAGUUAAGUAUUUAUGAAAGGAUUACAACUAGGGAAAUUAACUAAACAGCAAAGGAGAAAAAUCAAAACACAAAACACACCACAUAUUUUUAUUUCAACUUGUAUCAAUAUUACAAAGGUACAAAAAUCCAAAAUGAUUAAAAAAAAAUCACCGAAUAAAAAAUUGUAGCACUGGCUGGAUGAAACACGCAAGUCAGCGUCCGAGAAACAAAUGACGUUAGAAAAUAAAUCGCGCCAAAAUAUAUAGAGAUAGCAUUUCCCGCCAAAUGGUGGUCGCUGGUCAUAAGAAAACCAUCAUGGCGGCACGCAGAUACGUAUAGCGAAAAGUGAAAACUAUACAAAGGUGAAAGUCAAAUAACAAUCAUUUUAUGUCGGUAACACAUGUAACGACCAUACUGUAAGUAUUGUGCAAUUGCCCCGUAUUACACAAGCAAGGAUGAUAGUGCUUUUUUGUUUCUUUUUGUAACGUUUUGUUAACGUUAGAUAAGCGAUCGAUCGAAUUAACGGCUUUUUGUUUUUAACAAUUGAUUCAAUAAUUGAUCAAGAACAUUUUGGUUCAAGCUUUGUAUUCGACUGAUGGCUAGGGUGGCUGGAUGAAUGGCUAGUUCUUUCACCACGAUGACAAACGCUAGCCCUGUCCAACUUUAGCGUUGGUCAUUGAUACGCUAAGAAGAACCUUCUAUAAAGUUGAUCUGUUUUAUGAUUAUACGAGGAUUUAAACUCAGUAAAUGUAUACUGAGAUAAAUAAAGCAAUGUUCUAGCUUCAUAAGAUGAUCCUAGAAACUAACUUAGGUACUUACAUAGGUGCCUAACAGAGAAUUAGGAUACAUUAGGUAAUACGUGAAUGUUGUGACUGUGAUCCGUUUAAAGUACAACUCAUUGUUCAUGUCUGGGUCAUGAAACUUUAUGUUUUUAACUUUUAGAUAGGCAAGGUAAAGUCUUACAGAAUAAUAUUGUUAUGUGCCUCUGAAACUACCUAUACCUAUAUUAUUAUAUCCUAGCUGUAAAUCUUUAUCUGUUUGAUUCAUUAUAGAUCAAAUAUUAAUUUUCCCUUAGCGAGUUUUGCUAGUCGUAACUAAGCAAUUUAAAAUCUAACAUUAUUAUAUAUUUAGGUAGGUAUAAUUAUUUUGUGGUAAGAGAUACAUGGUUUAGUACUGAUACAUAAGUAUAACUACAUAUUUUUUUCCCUUGGCUAAACCAUAAAUUG